AUGUCUCAUCCGCAAUCUGCAGCCAAGAAGAAGGGUGGGAAGCAGGAGAGCAAGAGGUCCUGGCUGAGGCGACACGUUGAUAGACUCUUUAGGGGUAGGGAAGGUCGUGGAGCGGGAGAAGGAGGAGGAGAAGGAGGAGGAAAAGAAGAAGAAGAAGAAUCAGAAGAAAAUACCACAUCCCCACCAGCUCCACCCCAAGAACGCAAACCCAAGAGCCCAGCCCCGACGCCAGAAGUUAGCGGUGGCCUGGGCCCAGGCCCAAGCCAGCAACGACGGGGCGUCGCCGUCGACAAAGAGCCAAGCGGAGUCACACGCCGACCCAGCGAGAUGCCGACGGCGACAAAAACACCGGUAGGGCAGCGAGCGAACCCCCCCGAGCCGCAGCCCGUCGCCAGGAACGCCACGUUCGCAGCCGCGCACCUUGCAGACGACCCUGUGCCCCCCCGACAGGUGGUAUCUCGGCGUGGUCCGCGUACCCUGCACCAGCUUGGCAGACCGCCUGUCCUCUCGGACGCGGGGAGUAGCGAGCCGGGUGCUGAUGGGCGUGGACGAUCCUCUCCCGAGGAUGGCAGCGGCGAGGAGCCGCGAACGGCGAGCGUGGCGGUUUGGUGUGUGGAUGAUGGUGGGAGUAGUAGUUUUAGUGGUGGUGGUGGUGGUGUCGAUGACGGAGAGAAUACUGCUGCUGCUGUCUGCGUCGCUCCCGUCUUCACCGCGACAACGCAGGAGAUGGUCGCGGCGCGGCGGCCUGUAGUCUUGCUGUUGGGUGUGGCGGUGGUGGGCAUGCCCGUAACUCAGAAAGAGCUGCCAUUUCACCGACGAUACAAGAACGGCAUUCGUCGAGUCUCUGUUGCGUGCUGGGAACUAGGUCGCUCAACUCAACGCUUUGCCCUCGGCAAAUGGCGAGAUAGCUACACGCCAGGCGCGAGGGACUCGCUCGCCAUGUCAGAGUCAGGAUCAACAACUGAGAGAGUCCUAUGGAUUGAGAUACAGCUGCAGAAGCUCAAGAGGAAGCUUGCUGCUUUCUUGGGAUGUCAAGAUGAGCUAGACCAAAGCAAAGGGGGAGUAGCGUCGAGAACAAUUGCUGUCCUUGACGGAUCAAUAAGAGGCAGUGACGCCAAAUCCAUCACCUCAACAUAUGCAACUGGCAAGACCCAAGCAGCAGGAAAGGAGAACAGCAGUACCGCCAAAUCCACCACCUCAACACGAGCAAACGGCAAGACCCAAGCACCCAUUGGCUCAGCUUCAUCUUCAGCAUCAUCAGCCACAGCACCCAAAUCCGCUCCCACCCAGAACCGAAUCCGAGAACCACCAGAACCAACAGAAAAUACGAUACAAGAGGGCAGCUACGACUUCCUCGGGGCUGUAGGUACCAACGCCGAAGACUUGCGGAUGUGUUUCGACAGGUACGAGGCUGCUAUCAAGGAUUUCCCGCCAAAUGCAACGAGAUCAGCACCUGCCCCGGAGCGGAAAAAGAGGGUGAAUGCAGGACGCGUCUCAAACGCGCGGUUCCCGACGGCGGCGAUGCAGAUGGAGGCGAGGGCAGCCAGGGACACAGCGGAGGUGAUAGGAACUGGGGGAGGAAUGGUGGCGGUAAUAAUGGUUGGGUUUAGAGGCGUUGCUUGGGUCUGGUUUUGGUGUCAUGGGUUUGCCGCUGCUGGAAGUGGUGCUUGA